UUUGAACUCUGCGCUGGCGCGACUCAUUCCAGUUCGAGAAUCAAUUUUUGUUCUUCCGUAACAUCUGAACGUUUAGUUUUAGUGACUAGUCAGCAAUCGCUGUUCAAUUUCGAUGAGUUGUAAAUGACCGCUCUGUAGAAGAUCUCCGUCAGUAAAAGCGCGGAACUGGUAAUGAUUAUGUGAGAAAUAUUUUGUGCCAAGAAAAUGAAUAAUGCGGGAUAUCAACGACCAAGAAAAGAAAAUCCUUAUAAAAAUGCAUCGUUUUUCGAGCGAGUUACCUUCCUGUACAUGUUCCCAAUAUUCUACCGGACAUAUAAAAAAAGCUUUGAAGAAGAAGAUUUAUUCGAAGUAUAUGAUUCACACAGGAGUAGCAGACUUGGAGAUAAAUCAGAAGAAAUUUGGAAAAAAGAAUAUAAUCGUUCGAAGAAAUAUGCCUUACAUAGAACUCUUUUCAAAUUAUUUGCUGUUGAAUCGUUCUUGGGAGCCUUUAUCAAAUUGAUCGAUGAACUACUUUUAGUGUCUGUUGUUCCUAUAUUCAUAGGAAAAUUGGUAUCCUAUUUCGAUAAAAACCAAACCAAAAUUUCCCAAACAGAUGCUUGCAUCUAUGCAGCGAUCAUUUGUUCAACAUACUUGAUUGUCAACCUUACUUUCCAUCCUGCAAUGAUGAUAAAAGUGUUGGUGUCAAUGAAGAUGAGAAUUUGUUGUACUAGUAUGAUUUAUAGGAAGUCUUUGAGAUUAGACAAGAAUGCUCUGGCCAAGACAACCAUUGGUCAGAUAGUGAACCUACUGUCUAAUGAUGUUACCAAGUUCGAGCAAGGAAUGGACAACACCGAUUACCUUUUCAUAGUACCUCUUCAAACAAUUGUAGGCCUGUAUAUACUCUACAGCCAAAUCGGCAUCGCUGCCGUCUUCGGUGUAGUUUUUUUGCUUUCAUUCAUUCCAUUACAAAUUUAUGUGGGAAAACGAACAUCAGCACUCAGACACAAAACUGCAUUGAGAACAGAUGAGAGAGUAAAACUUAUGAAUGAAUUGAUAAGUGGAAUGCAAGUUAUCAAAAUGUACUGCUGGGAAAAACCUUUCGCCAAACUGAUAGCUUUUGCAAGAAGAAAAGAAAUGUCUGCAAUUCGAGUCCAUGCAUUAUUGAUGGGCAUGCUUUAUUCCUUCGAAAUGUUCCUAACCCGUACGGCUAUAUUCAUAAGUCUGCUAGGCUAUGUUCUUCUAGGAAAUUAUAUUUCUGCCGAAAAAGUAUUCCUGAUUACCUCAAUAUACAACACCAUCCGUCCUACAGUAACUAUAAUGUUUUCUCUGGCCUGCUCAAAUACCGCAGAAAUAAAUAUAUCUUUGAGACGUAUAAAUGAUUUCCUAAAACUACAGGAAGUAAAUGAGGAGACCAAAUUGAUGAAUGACUGUAAAACUAUCAACAAUUCAUGUGAAAUAAAUGAAAACCAUCACAUCUCAAAUAAUUCUCCUUUGGGUACCAAAAUAGUAUUAAAGAAUUUGUCUGCAAAAUGGACAACAGAUACUAACGACGAUACUUUAUGUGAUAUUGAUAUCAAUUUAACCUCAAAUCAACUUGUGGCUGUGAUUGGACCUGUUGGAAGUGGAAAGAGUAGUUUAGUUAGUGUUAUUUUAAAGGAAAUCCAAGUGACUAAAGGUUUCUCUAAGAUUGAAGGAACCAUCUCAUAUGCCUCUCAAGAAUCAUGGCUGUUUUAUGGAAGCGUUCGUGAAAACAUUCUUUUUGGAGAACCUUACGAUAAGAGAAGAUAUGCAGAUGUUGUCAGAGUAUGUUGUUUGAAAUCUGAUUUUCUGCUGUUGCCAUAUGGGGACAAAACAUUGGUUGGGGACAGAGGAACUGGACUGAGUGGUGGACAAAGAGCCAGGAUUAAUCUAGCAAGAUGUAUCUACAGAAAAGCUGAUAUAUAUCUUUUAGACGAUCCUUUAUCUGCCGUAGAUGCAAACGUGGGCAGGAGUUUAUAUCAAGAUUGUAUCAAAAUUUUUUUACAUGAUAAGUUAAGAAUAUUAGUCACUCACCAAAUACAGUAUUUGAAAAGCACAGAUCUGAUAAUCGUCAUGAACAAUGGAAAGGUUGAAAAAACCGGAACAUUCGAAGAGCUGCAAAAUUCUCACUUGAAUUUUGGGGAACUUCUGAAAAGUCAUGCAGAAGAGGAUGAUGAGAAAAAAGUAGUUUCGAGAAGAACCUCCAAACAAGGUUCGGUUCUACAAAGUAUUGAAGAGAUUGAUGAAGAACCAGAAAUGUUGAAGGAGAGAUUGACCGAAGGCAACAUAAAAAUAUCUACCUAUUUCAAGUUUAUAAGAGCUGGAGGAAGUUUUAAAGUGAUAACUGCUUUAAUCCUCUUCAUGCUUGUUACUAGAUGUUUCGAAUAUGGUGGAGAUUUCUUUGUUAGGACAUGGGUAAACAUGGAACAAAAUUUAAAAGUAUCGAAUGGCACGAUGGAAAUAUCAAGAACAAACAUCAUAUAUAUCUAUUCUGGGAUAACUAUUGGAACUAUUUUGUGCUCUCUGAUAUAUUGCCUCAGCUUCGUAGCGUUCUUUACCAAAGCAUCCAUCAACUUACACAACACUGUUGUUGGAAGACUGAUCCAAGGAAAAAUGAGUUUCUUCGAUUCCAACCCUGGUGGAAGAAUUUUGAAUAGAUUUUCGAAAGACAUGGGAAUAGUGGAUGAAUAUAUUCCCUUCAUAUUAUAUGAUGUAGUGGCUAUUAUUGUUGCCCUGAUUGGGACAAUGGUAAUAUCCGUUUUUGUGGAAGUUUGGUUGUUAAUCCCUUGUAUCUUCUUGCUUAUUAUUUUGUAUAUAUGCAGAAUGUUCUAUAUUGUCACGAGUAGAAAUAUAAAACGCAUAGAAAGCAUAACCAGAUCUCCCGUAUACAACCAUACAAGUACUUCAGUUUGUGGAUUGUCAACAAUAAGAGCAUUCCAUGCCCAAAGCCUACUCAUAAAGGAAUUUGACUCGAUUCAAGAUAGACAUAGUUGUGCUUGGUUUUUGUUCCUUGCUUCAAACCGAUGUUUUGGCUAUUGGUUGGAUGUAAUUUGUGUUUUAUUCGUUACACUAUCAACUUACAUCCUCAUUUUUUUCUCCAAGAAUAUUUAUGGAGGAGAUGUUGGUUUGAUCUUCAACCAAUUCGUUGGACUCCUCAUCUUCCUACAAUGGGGAAUGAGACAGUGGAGUGAACUGGAGAAUCAAAUGACCUCAGUUGAGAGAAUUCUAGAAUACACAACUAUAGACAAAGAACCCACAAGAAUUGCUUCAAACAACAUCCCUAUAGAUUGGCCUUCGCAGGGCAGGAUAGAAUUCAAAAAUAUCUUCUUGAGAUAUAACACUCAAGAUCCACCAGUAUUAAAAAAUCUUUGCUUCGUUGUAGAACCAAUGCAAAAAAUUGGUAUUGUAGGCAGGACUGGAGCUGGCAAGUCUUCCAUCAUAUCGGCUCUAUUUCAACUUUAUGAAUUAGAAGGAGGAAUAAUAAUUGACGGUCUGGAUAUAACAAAGAUGCCUUUAGAUAGAAUAAGAACAAAAAUAGCUAUAAUUCCCCAAGAACCUGUUUUGUUCUCAGGUACGAUGAGAAAGAAUCUAGAUCCAUUCAAUGAGUUUUCUGAUGAUAUAUUGUGGAGUGCUCUUGAGCAAGUAGAACUGAAGGAAGCUAUUGAUGAUUUGGGUAACGGUCUCGAUUCUCAAAUCAGUGAGAGUGGUGCUAAUUUUAGCGUUGGUCAGAGGCAACUUGUUUGUCUAGCAAGAGCUCUAAUAAGAAGAAACAAAAUUUUAGUACUCGACGAAGCUACAGCUAAUGUGGAUCCUCAGACGGACUCUUUGAUACAAAAAACAAUAAGGACCAAGUUCAGUGACUGUACUGUUCUGACUAUAGCGCACAGAUUGCACACCAUAAUGGAUUCUGAUAAAAUUCUGCUAAUGAGCAAUGGUAGUGUAUCUGAUUACGAUGAACCACAUACACUGUUGCAAAAGGAAUCUGGACUUCUCCAUGACCUGGUUGAAGCUACAGGGAAUGUAUCUUCUAAGAAUUUGAGGAAUAUCGCUAAAAAUGUUUAUAUGAAAGCUGCAAACUGAACUGAUAGACAACUAAGAAACAACUUUGGAGAAUUUUUAAUACAAAAGUAUAUUUUUCAAUAAAUCAUUUUAUUCAAUCUUCA